AUGCAGGAAUGCACAGACCAGUUUCGCGCUCGCCGCACGUGGAUAGACUCGCGCCUCGCCGACGAAGUGGACGGAAGCAAGGGCGCGCAGUCCAUCAAGCUCCUCGAUUAUGCCUGCGGCAACGGGACAGCGAGCAAGGGCCUUCUCCCGUACGUAACCUCAGCCCAAGGCCUCGACCUCUCGCCCGGCAUGGUGUCCUCGUACAACGACUGGGCUUCCAGCGCAGCCAACCAACCGGGAAAAGCACAAGCUCAGGUCUGCGACCUCCUCCCCGCGACCGAAGAGCAGCUCGCGGACCCAUCGCUGCAGAACUUCGACAUCGCCACCAUCAGCAUGGCGUUGCAUCACGUCGCCGACCCAGCAUUGCUACUCGCAAGGCUGGCGAGAUGUCUGCGGCCGGGAGGCGUGUGCGUCGUGCUGGAUAUGGUGCCGCAGGGACACCACGAGCAGGAGGUAGAUGAGGUGAUGCGGGAAGAGGGGGAAAAGGUGCGGGCCACGAUUGCGAAGCAUGGGUUUUCUGAGGGGGAGAUGAGGACGUUGCUUGCAGGGGCUGGGCUAGGGGUCGAGGUUGAGUAUGUGCUGGUCGAGAAGCCGUUUGAGUUCACGAUGCGAGGAAGGAAGGGGACGGUGCAGGGUUUCUUCGCGAAGGGGAGGAGGCCGCUGUAG